UCGGUGGUCCCAGCUGCUCUGUUCUUGGCAGCCAAGGUGGAGGAGCAGCCUCGGAAGCUGGAGCACGUCAUCAAGGUGGCAAAUGCCUGUCUGCAUCACCAGGAGACUCCUCUGGACACCAAGAGCGAGGUGAGCGGGGAGAGCUGGGCUCUGGGGAGUUUUGAGAUCACCAUCGACCAUCCCCACACCCACGUGGUGAAGUGCACGCAGCUCGUGCGAGCCAGCAAGGACUUGGCACAGACUUCCUAUUUCAUGGCUACCAACAGCCUGCACCUGACCACCUUCAGCCUGCAGUACACCCCUCCCGUUGUGGCCUGCGUCUGUAUCCACCUGGCUUGUAAGUGGUCCAACUGGGAGAUCCCAGUCUCCACGGACGGGAAGCACUGGUGGGAAUACGUUGAUGGCACUGUAACUCUGGAGCUCUUAGAUGAACUGACUCAUGAAUUCCUCCAGAUCCUUGAGAAGACUCCAAAUAGGCUGAAACGUAUCCGGAACUGGCGGGCCUCUCAAGCAGCCAGAAAGUCCAAACCCGACGAGCACGGGGAGGACGAGAACCUGUCGGAGCAGACGAUCCUCAACAUGAUUUCCAGGAACAACAGUUCAGACAUGAACAUCGCCGGGCUGAUGAGCAUGUCCACCUCCUCCACC